AUGUCCAAAGUGCGGCCAGCUCUCACAUGUCAAAAUGUCAGUGUGACUGUGUUGUUGGAAAAAGAGCAGAGAAAACAACUUUGGUUAAGAAACAUAAACAAUCCCUAAAAGAAAAGAGAGUUUCCCAUUUAAAGUCCUGUAAAGGAACAAGAGCUGCUCAAAAUAUGUCUGCCCACAUGAAAACUAGGUCUAAAGAAGGACCUUAUGUCUGUGAAGAAUGUGGUAAAAGUUUUGGUUCCUGGUUCAAAUUCAGAACUCAUAUGAGGAUUUACAAAGAAAGGAAACAUUUUUUAUGUAAAGAAUGUGACAAACAUUUUAGCAAUGCAUCUUAUUUUAAAAGACACAUGACAACUCACACAAGAGAGAAGACAUUUUCUCGUAAAGGAUGUGACAAGCAUUUUUGCCAUUUACCUCCUCUCAAAACACACAUAAGAACUCACAAGGGACAGAAACCACUUUGGGGUAAAGAAUAUCAUCGAAGUACUAAUCAAACAUCUGGCCUCGAGGCACACAUGAGAACUAAUAUUGGAAAGAAGCCUUUUAGUUGUCAAGAAUGUGACAGCAGUUUUAGUCUAAUGUCUAUUCUCAAAAGACACAUGAAGAUACAUACAGGAGAGAAGCCAUUUAAGUGUAAAGAAUGUGACAGAAGUUUUAGUCUAAUGUCUUAUCUCAAAACACACAUGAUAACUCAUACAGGAGAGAAGCCUUUUAGAUGUAAAGAAUGUGAUAAGAGCUUUUGUCAAUCAUCUUAUCUCAAAAUACACAUGAGAACUCAUACAGGAGAGAAGCUUUUUAAGUGUAACGAAUGUGACAAACCUUUUAGUCGAAUAUCCUCUCUCAAAAGACACAUGUCAGUUCAUACAGGAGAGAAACCUCUUAGAUGUAAAGAAUGUGAUAAGAGCUUUUGUCAAUUGGGUGUUCUUAAUGCACACAUGAAAACUCAUACAGGAGAGAAGCCUUUUACAUGUAAAGAAUGUGACAGGAGUUUUCGUCAAUCAUCUCAUCUCAAAGCCCACAUGGGAAUUCAUACAGGAGAGAAGCCAUUUAAGUGUAAAGAAUGUGACAGGAGUUUUCGUCAAUCAUCUACUCUCAAAAGACACAUGAUAACUCAUACAGGAGAGAAGCCUUUUAAGUGUAAAGAUUGAAAAAAGCUUUAUUGAUAAAUCCUCUCUCCAAAGACACAUGAGAACUCAUACAGGAGAGAAGUCCUUUUCUAAACAAAAACAUUAAUUAAGAAUGAAGUCCAAAUUUGCAACUUAAACAAAACAAAUGAAAGCUUACUGUAAAGGCAUUGUAAAGAGAAGUCAAUAAAGUUUAAAUUGGAAAAUAAAAAUAUUGUGAAAAGUUUUUUUCCCCUUUUUUUUUUUUUUACUGAAGCCAGUAAAAUAGGCAGUGCAACAGUGGUGACGUUUUUAGAUGCAAACAAAGGGUUACGUUCAGGAGAACGGUUCCAGUGUCCAGUUAAACCACCCGCUAGCUCCUGAGCGCAAUGCUGUUGCAGCUCCCUGCAAGGUGGUAUAAAAGGAGUGGCGCAGCUGCUGCAGCUCAUGGGCUAGAUCAAACACGGACAGCAUGUUUGUGACAGCAAUUGGUAUUUUACUUUCAGUUUCAUUUUAAAUAUGUGAGGCCAUCUUUAAAAAAUUCCGUCUUGGGCGCAAUUAAAAUACAAGCGGGCAAUGCAAUAACCAGUGGCUUCGCUGAAUAAUGGGGCGCCGACAUAAUUUUCAAUCACAAAAUAAUGAAAGCUAUCAUCAGUAUGACCUUUCACUGAAUUACAAUAUUUUAUAGCACAGAAGUAGUGGGAUGUUAUCUUCUCUGUUCUUCAGUCCCGACACUGAUUCCGGGCCAGCUAUUGUGACGUAAGCAAGGCUCAGAAAUUCAAACUGGGUUUUUCUCUGGCCCUUAGAGUGACAGCAACUUAAUGCUGUAGCAUCGCAAGACUGACAGGUGUGUGGGUGAGUAAAUCUGGCGGCGCGUGAGUAGCGUGAGUAGCUUAACAAACAUUUCCAGCUUUUUUCAUUAUACCUCCAUACAAAAAUUCAAAAAAUUAACACAUAUUUGGAAAAGAUUAAUACGUUUUUGACAGCCUGGAGGACUUGGAGAAGUACAUCGACGACUGCUUUGAUACCGUAGUCAUGAAGGGCGCCUCCACCACCACGCCUUCCACCAAGAGGACCCGUCCCGAAGAUUCACCCAGGGCCGUCUCCUCUCCAGGCAGCGGAAUCAGCGACGUGUUAGAUUCCAUAGAUAAGAAGCUCUCCAGCCUUGAUGCCCGCCUCAACCUGCUGGAGAUCCUCCACAAAGUCUCCUCCAGUCUCUGGAGUUCAGCCAGCAGCAGGUGCAGGAAUUAGCCGCGGAGAACCAGAGCCUCAGGGAGUCCGUGAAGGUGCUAACCUCCGACAGCACCCGGCUCUCUGAGGAGAACCGUGCCAUGAAGGAAACCCUCCUGGAUAUUCAGGCCCGGAGCAUGAGGGAUAACCUGGUCAUUUCGGGGAUCCCGGAGGAGGCGGGGGAAGACCCGGAGGCCACGGUGAAGACCUUCAUGGAGGCCCAGCUGAAGAUCCCGAAGGAGGAGGUUCAGAAGAUCACCUUCGACAGAGUCCACCGGCUCGGAGGGAAGAAGCCGGGAAGCCAGCGUCCGCGUCCGAUCGUAGCAAAGUUUCAGUUUUACAAGGAGAAAGUUUCAGUUAAACGCCGAGGACCGGAGCUGAAGGGAACCCACUACAGCGUAAACGACCAGUUUCCCGCGGAGAUUUUGCGUCGCAGGAAGCUGCUUUUUCCCCUGAGAAGACAACACCUGACCGCCGGGUCCCGCGCGGUGGUCGCCGUGGACAAGCUCUACGUGGAUGGUCGGCUCUUCCGGGACCCCGAGAUCACCCCGUGGCUGUACUGAAGACCCCCCCGCGCCGCUGCGUCUGAGCUGCGCUGAAACACCUGCUAAGCUUAUUUAAAUGAAUGGAAAUAGAUCAACCACCCCCCCACACCUCCUCUCAGGAAAGACGUUUUUUCCUCUCCCCUCUCCAUGUUUGUGUGUUUUUUGUGUUUCCUUUUUCUUUCUCUCUUUUACUCCUUCUGUCAUUCCCCCCCUCUCCCCCUCCUCCUCCCCCCCAUACCAUCAGAUGACAUCACCCUCCAGGUAAGCUCUCGCUCACUCACGGAACGGGCGGGCGCGCACACACGCGCGCACGCGGGCAUACACACGCGAUCCCGCACACACUCGCUGAUAUUCUUCAUAUGCAUCACAUAGGUUCAUACAGGACACGCCCCACAUGCAGCUCACGCAGCCAGAAAGCACCCACGCGCUCCAACACACAGCGCUUCACUGCGCACCGGUCAGCGGGCACGCGCGCUCACGGGCACAGCAGGUGCACGCACUAUGCAGCUUCACACCCCCCCAGUCAGUGUAGUCAUGUCUAAUCUGAACAUUAUUAGCUGGAAUGUUCGUGGGAUGAACUCUGGACCCAAGAGGCUGAAAGUUUUAAACCACCUGAAUGAUUUAAAAGCAGAUAUAGUUUUACUGCAGGAGACCCACUUAUCCAAAUCAACUGAACAUCUCAUGUGCUGUUCGCAGUUUCCUUCAGUUUAUUCUUCUAGUUACAAUUCUAAACAAAGAGGAGUAGCCAUUUUAAUUAAUAAAAAUAUUAUUUUUACCCAUAAAGAUACAGUUAUUGAUCCAGAAGGCAGAUUUGUUAUUAUUAUUAUAUCAAUUCAGAAUAAAGAUUUUUGUAUUAGCAGCAUUUAUGGACCAAAUUCCGAUGAUACCUGUUUCAUUCACUCACUGUUCACGUCACUUUCAACUCACUCUGACUCCACUUUUUUGACAGGAGGAGAUCUGAACUUGGUUCUUGAUCCUGAACUUGACAGACUCAGCACAGCAGCACACCAGCGUACAUGGCGGUCUGCAAGUAUUCUGAAGCAGUACAUGAAUGAUCUGGGUCUCUGCGACGUUUGGCGCUCAUGUCACCCAAACACUAAAGGGUUCACCUUCUUCUCUCCAGUUCACCACUCACACUCUCGUUUAGAUUAUUUAUUAAUCAGUAAAUCUCUUCUAAAAGAUGUUAAAAGCUCCAGCAUUCAUCCAAUUGUUAUCAGUGAUCAUGCACCAGUUUCUGUAAAUAUUGUCAGGGAAGCAGCAACACCUUCGGGUUCCACCUGGAGGUUUAAUAACUCUCUGUUAAAAGAUCAAGAGUUUAUUGAAUUCUUUAAAAAAGAGUGGGCAACCUUCUUAGAAUUUAACAAUACUCCUGACAUCUCACCAUGUGUUCUCUGGGAAGCAGCAAAGGCAGUGAUGAGAGGGAAAAUCAUUUCUUAUUCAACUUAUAAAAAACGCAAAGAGAAAGCAGAAUUAAUAGAAUUGGAAAAUAAAAUAAAAAUAAUGGAGACAGCUUAUGCUGCUUCUGCAGAAGAUAAGAUUCUGGGAGAUUUAA